UCAUCCGAGAUUUUUCUUAUGGUAUGAGCAUCAGGCGUCAAAUUGAGAACAUUCACCGGUCACCAGAUUUUGUAUACAUGUAUAAAGAAAGAGUGACCGAUUAAAUUGUAAACAUUAGCCGCACAAGGAGAUUUGCAUAAAAUGGGUCUGCUUCUUAGAGGUACUGUUUUGUUCAUGAUUGGCAAUUUCUUUGCUGUCUUCAUGAAUCUACUGCAGAUAAAUCGACAGGGUGAUGUGUCGGUCAAAUUACCACCGGAGCUGUUGGAAAACCUUUUUCUGAAAGAGUGGUGGGUUCCGCCCAUGUGUGGAGCUGCUGCAGCUAUGAUAGGCCUUCUGUAUCCAUGUCUGGACAAACACCUUCAGAUCAGUGACCCAGAUUCCAGAAAGGGGGAGUGGUCCAAAGUCAUGAGAUGUAUAGCUGUGUUUGUGGGCAUUAACCACGCCAGUGCUAAACUGGACUUUGUAAACAACAUGCAACUUUCAAUGACUCUGGCCGCCAUGUCCAUUGGACUCUGGUGGUUGUUUGACCGGUCACCAUGUGGAUUUGGCCUGGGGGUAGGAAUUGCGGUCCUAGCAACACUAGUCACACAGCUUCUAGUCUAUAAUGGUGUAUACAACUAUUCCAAGGCAGAGUUCCUGUUUGUAAGGUCCUGGUUACCCUGUAUCUUCUUCUCAGGGGGCGUGACGAUGGGCAAUAUUGGAAGACAGUUGGCACUGUACGAUGAAAAUCCGGCAAAACCAAAGACUGACUGAAGAACCAAAAACAUCUUCUCUGGAAUUGGUGAUAGUUUUACUCAAGAGGAAUGGGGUUAACAUACCAGAAUUCAGUAUGGUGUUUUGUACUGUGAUAUUACCCAUGUAGAGUAUUGAACCUGGAGUUAGAGUACAGCGCCCUCUGUUGACACGAUUCAUUACAGGCAGCAAAUCUUGUGAAUAAAGGACUGUGCUGCUCCUGAGGAAGCUGAGGAGGUUUCUCUGUGUGUCAGGUGGCAUAAAGAUGAUGACUCUAAACCAAGUACAGACCAGUGAUGAAUUGAUGCGUGUUGUGUUCAGGUCCACCAUUAAUUGUCAGGAUGCUGAUAUUGUGUAUUUUCAAGACUAGCAUUAUUUAGGUGAAAUUUAAGAUCGUAUUAUUCAGACUCCUGUUCAAAGAAAUCUAAAAUGUGCCAUAAAUAUCGCAUUAUGCACAAUUAUGUGCCAAGGAACAUGUUUUGUCUCACAAUCAAAUGAUGGAAAAUCUUUUGGCACAUAAUGCCAGUAUUCAGGGUUAUGAUUUUAACAGUUUUGUUCCUUUUGGCAGUAUAAGAAUAUUUAACUGUUCAUGGUCUUUUUUUUUAACAUCAUGUGCAAACUUAAGAAAUCUUAAGACACAAAAGAUGAGAGAGUUCUGUGCAUUGGCAAAAGAUGUGUUAUUUAAAAACUGGCUACAUGGAGAAAUCAAGUGUUUCGUUGCCAUUAAAAUGGAAAUCUGUGUGUUUGCAUAAAUGUAAAAACUUUAGAAAGACUGCUGUGUGAUUUAGUGUGGUUGUGUAAAUGGGAACCGAGAGUAUAUGUAAUGCAGUGUAUAAAUUUUAUAUUACAUGCGAUGUAUUGAACAUGUUGGAAGUGCGGUACCUAAAAUACACAAUGUAUUCUAACAGUAUUUCUAGUGUAGAAUCACAUAUGACAACUGUACCAUUUAUGGUGCACCAUAUCAGAGUAAAGUGAUGACUGAAUGUGUAUGAAGAGAAGUAUGUGUACACUCUCAUAUGGACAGGUGAUACGAUGAAGUGGAUUGGUAGGUUAGUGAAAUUCAUUCCCGUUUCAUUUUUGAAAAUGAUUGCAGGGUAUUAACUGCGAUGCUUUAUGCAUGCGUUCUUCAUGAAAUGCAUCAGUGCUUCAUGAAUAGUAUGCUGGCAUGAAGCAUUGCAGUUCAUAUUCUUGUGCAUUUUUAAAAAUGAAAUUUCUUGCAUAUAAUUUACAUUCUACUUUCAUUUCUGUCGGAAUUUCCAGCUGUUAAUUAAAGUACAGACAUGAUAUAUACAGUGUAUAUUUAUCAAGAUUCAUAGUAAACUUACUGUUUACAAGUGCAACACAUGAGAAAAAGGCGAAAACAUUGGCAAUAUGAAAAUAAGUAUCUACAGUUGUACAAAUACCUUGUCUUUUUUCAUUUUCCUUCGGAGAUCACUGAAUGUGAAGUACACACAUUUUUUGUCUGAAUGUAUAUAUAACAGUUUAUUACAAUAUUUAUGUGUGUUACCAGAUGAUCUGGAAUUUGUCAUGUGUUGUAAGGUGAUUUUUAAACACUAGUUGUGUGAUUUUUAUUGCAUGAAAAUAUGCAGAGUUUAUGCAAGGCUGUGAAAUUUAAGAUUUCUUUAAGGUAUUUUUUUUUAAGGCAUACAAACACCUGAAAUUUAGGUUUUGUGUAUGCAUAAAUACCAAAUGAAUGAAAUGACAACAAAAGGGCAGUGAAAACCACCAGCCCUGAUUAGGGGCAAAAAACUUCUGUCCAUGAAUCCCCGUAGAUUCAUGUAAUUGUAAAUUGUGGAACACUCAAAUGUUAUUGAUACGGGUUAUGUUGGUGCCUGUAAUAAAUGGCAAUAAAAGGUGAGAAAGUU